UUCGACAACCUCUCGUCAGUUUCACGGGGAGGGGCAGGUGAAGUUGACGGCUGCGGAGUUGUCAGCCAUCAAGGACCUUAAGGCGCUUCCUCGGCCGCUGGAUAUCAAGUUCAUCCUGUCGCUCGAAAGCUCGGCGCAUAGGGAGAGGGACCUAGAGAAUCGUAUGGGGAACUUGUGGAAGGAGCUCAAGCACCGCUACAAUGUUGCCGAGCUCGAGGUGCCCGACCUCCCUGAGGAGGAGGCUCCCCCCCUUAAGGCAAGCCGAAAAAGAAAGAGGGGGGGGGGGAAAGAGACUGGGGGAUCUUCCGCUCCCCCAGAUACCGAGGAGGUGACCUCUAGGGCCGCCGAUGCUGAUGCGGUGGACCUUACCGGGAGUCCACCGUCCCAGGUGGCAACUGGAGAGGUGGCUCAGACCGUAGAGCCUGUCGUGCAGGCUGCCGAGGCUGGGGUGGCCUCUGCUGGAGUGGGAGACCGGGCAGCUGAGUAGGCUGCUCGAGUUGCCGAGGUGGCAGGAAAUGCUGCCCCGGCGGCGACAGAGGCUGCUGGGCGGGUUGCCCAGGCCGUUGAGCAGGUUGUGCCUGCUGCUGAGGCGAGGUCGGAGAUCCCCGUGGUGGGCUUUCAGGAUGUUGAGCAGGGGAUGCCGGCUUUCGUUGCGGCUUCGGUGCCGCCGGAGGGCUCGUCUCAGGGCCCUUCCCGGACUCGGUAUUUGGCCCACCGGUUCGGGAAGGGCUCUGCCAAGGUGCGGCUGGACCACGUGAGCGCCUCCGCCGAGAUGGACUCCUUGUGGAGUGCGGGGGUGACCGCGGAGAAGUUCUUUCCUCAGGGCGCGUUGAGCUCCGAGGACCAAGGGUUGGUUGAUGAGGUCGGUCCCGAGGAUAGCAUGGACGCCGCCCAGGUUAUGCUGUAGAGAGUUAUGGGAAUAAUGGGCCAUUGGAAACCCAAAUGGGGCCAGCAGCGGGAGGACUUGGCCAAGCAGCAGGAAGAGCUGGCCAAGUUGAGGGGUCGACUCCAACCUUGGAAAGAGGCCAACCAGAUCCUGAGGGAGGAAAAUAAAGCCCUUAGUGCCGCCCUUGGCGAGGCGAGGCGGCAGGAGGCCGAGCUCCGAUCUGUUCGUGGUGACCUUGCACGGGCGCAAAAGUCUCUAGAGAUCGCGUUGCGAUCCAAUGAGGCUUAUGCUUCUCAGGUGGGGGAGCUGCAAGAGCUCGCUGCCUUCUCCAGAAACCGUGCUCGCUCCUUGGAGGACGAGGUGGCGUCUUCCCGUGGCCAAGUACGGGCCUUGGAGGAUGUUGUGACCUCCCUAAAAGGGGAGUUGGCGGCGGCAGCUGAGGAGCGCCUCCGCAGCGAGGUCAUUCUGGGUGGCCACGAGGAUGAGGUCGCCACCUUGAAGGCGGAGCUGGCCGAGCUGGCCGCAGGAAAGGCGGCCGUGGAGAAGAGGCUCGCGGAGGUUGAGCGCUCCGUCGUGGUUGAGCACAAGAGGGGCUUCCAAAAGGCUGCUCGUCAAGCACGACUUCUGGCUCCCGGAUUCGACUUUUCUUCCAUGCACGUGGAGAAAGUCGUCCGUUUCGGGAGGCUAAUCAAGGAGGAUGACGCUGAUGACAGUUCUAGCGGGGCUGCUUCAGCCUAGGCCGCCUUUGU